AUGGAAGGUCUCGAGGGAGGACGAGCUAAGAGACAAGCGUUUAAGGAUGAAAAUUACCCAAAAACUACUUGGCAGCAAGGAGUCUUCUACCGCUUCGACAACAGCACAGACUAUCUCACUAGGAGAAUGUUCGAGAUGGGAGCUAAACAAUGGGAAGAAGCAACAUGCGUCGACUUCAAAGAAGAUAAGGACGGAGAAGCCGAAAACAGUCUCAUACUUAUCAAAGAAGAUGGAUGUUGGUCGUUCGUGGGUCGUCACGGUGGUGAGCAACCCCUUUCGCUCGGCAAAGGCUGCGAAGAGAUCGGAAUCGCUACACACGAAAUUGGCCACGCCCUUGGA